AUGCCAGGAAAAUUAGGCAGAGAGAAAGGCCAACAUCUUCGACCAUUUUUGCUGACGGUACUGGCCAACACAUUGUUUGCACAGGAGAAAGUGGAGUUUGAGGAGAAAAUUCAAGCGUCUGAUAAUAGCAGCUUAUCGUCUAUGAGUAUGGCAGCCGAUUAUUGUCAUACAUUCUACAAUCCACUUUUUGGAAAUAAUUGCCAAGGAUGUCGUGUUGCUGAGGAAAAUAACGGUGUCAUACAAAUGUGGACAAGAAGCUUAACUGAUGGACUUUCGUUGCUCUUUUUUACGACCAUGGCUGGCACAUCGCAGUUAAUUUUGGAUAUCUUGGCUAGUAUCAGAAUGCUUUGUCGAAAUACUAUUGAUAGUCUGAUGAAACAUCUGCUGAGAAGAAUGUUCGAUUCCAUACUCAAUGAGCGAAAUUUCGCAAUGUUUCUUCAUUUCAUACAAACUGCUAUCUUCCUUUCUGACGGAUCGGUACCCUCUGAUCAGGAGAAAAAUCUACGCGAGGAAUUGGCGAUUAGACGAGUUAUGGAAUUUGCGCAGGAAGAGUUACCUUCAUCUAUAUUGCGCACGCUCGACUCGAAAAGCUGGCGUGGAGGAAUUAGAAGGCUAGUGAACACAUUGCAGUACCCUCGACUCAACAAGCAUCUCUCUUAUCUUUUGUUAGAUUCACUGGUCACAAAGCUUUUCCGAGAAUGUGUAGCUUAG